AAACAUUCAAAUAUGUAUGCGACAUUUAUUGUCAGGCAUGUUUACAUUGAUAGUAGUAAAGUGUCAGAAUAAAUAUUUCGUGAUAUAAAUGUAUAGUGUAAACUUACUUUAAAGAUAGUUUUUUUCUUUAUUUUUAUUAUCAUAAACUUCAUUUAUUAUGCCGAGAUAAGGCAUGCGCAUGGUUCAUAUCUUAAUUUUGCAUGAAGUGGUUUCAUACGUGGCCACUGUAGAUGUGUUCUGCACAGAUCAGAAAACUAAGUUAUUUAAAAGAUGGACAUAAACAAAUAUCAUCGUGUUUCAAUGAAUGAUCAAAUGGGACGCGAAGAGGUAAACAUUUGGACUACUCAGGAGAAGAGGAGAUGGAUGGUAAUGCUGUUCAUCGGCACUUCUGCGCUGUACGCCAGCCGCACUUCCGUCCCGCUUCUCAUCCCGGCAAUCACCAAAGAGCUGAACUGGAGCAAGAAGGACUCCGGCACCAUCCUGUCCAGUUUCUUCUGGGGCUACACCCUGACGCAGGUGAUGGGCGGCUACGUGAGUGAUCGCGUCGGCGGCCUCAGAGUGAUACAGGCGGCCGCCGUGGGCUGGUCACUCUUCACGUUUUGGAUGCCGCACAUCAUCACUUUGUUCUCGGACAAAGGUCAAGCUGUCAACUUCAUCGUGUUGACGAGAAUCCUCCACGGAGCUCUUCAAGGAGUCCACUUCCCGAGCGUGAGCAGCCUGACGAGCCGGCACCUGGGCGAGCUGGAGCGCGCGUCCUUCUUCAGCGUGGCGACGUCGGGCUCCGCCGUGGGCACGCUGCUCACCGGCACCGUGGGCUCCUGCGUGCUCGACUACUUCGGCUGGCAUGCCGUCUUCUAUGCCAUUGGCUUGUUUGGCAUUGGCUGGACGCUUGUGCUACGACACUACGCUCUGGCAGCCACCAGAAGAAAAGCUACCAUUAUUUCGCUUCCACUGAAGCUCCAGCCAUCCUACGGGCGAGAUAAUGUUCCUGUGCCGUGGAUAAGACUGUUUCGUAAAGCUUCAUUUUGGUCGUGUGUGUUUGGCCACGCGUGCCAAAACAAUUGCUUCUUCCUCCUGUUGUCUUGGCUGCCUUCGUACUUCCACGAUACAUUCCCAACUGCGAAGGGCUGGCUGGUGAACAUGGUGCCCUGGCUGUUCUCCAUCCCCUGCACGUUCCUGGGCAAGUGGCUGUCGGAGAGGCUGAUAGUGCGUGGCUGCUCCGUCACCACCACCAGGAAGGUCGUCGAAACCGUGGGCCUCGGGACGCAGGCCGCUGCGUUGCUCCUCAUCGGGCACGCUCGGAGCUACCAGUGGGCGCUGGCGUGCAUGACGCUGGCCGUCUCCGCGAGCGGCUUCCACAACAACGCCAUCCUCGUGAACCCCCAGGACCUGGCCCCCGCCCACGCCGGCAGCGUGUUCGGCCUCAUGAACACUGUGGGCGCCGUGCCAGGGUUCCUGGGCGUGUACCUCGCUGGCUUCAUCCUGGACCUGACCAAGAGCUGGUCCGCCGUGUUCCGCACCACGGCGGCCAUCAACGCGCUGGGCUGCGCCGUGUUCCUGGCCUUCGGCAGCGCCGAGGCCAUCGCGUGAGGGGGUCGGCGCUCCCUUCUCCAGUAGCGGUGGUGCUGGUAGAUUUGCACUUGCACGGAUACCGUAUCGGAUGGAAUGUCAAGAUAGAUUUACCGUGUUUUAUUGCAUAAUCGUCGCACUGUUACUAUAGGGCAUCCAAAUCGGGAAUAAAAAAAAUUCGCGCAUAAAAGUCGCAUGAUGUUUUUGGUCCGGCCGCUGCAUUACAGUCACGUGAUGUUUUUGAUCCCGCUGUUAGAUUCCAAACGCUUUGUGUAUCUCAAACGCCAUCGAUGAAAGUGAAGAUGAUGACAUCUGGCAGUGUGACGGCGAUGAUUCUGACAACAACCUCGGCGAAAGUAACUGUUUAAGUACGGAAAUAGGCAAGCGAUGCCGAGUCAUUCUGAUGACUUAAAUCAUUUAAUUUACCGGUACAGUGUUUUAUUUUAAACUACUUAUUGCUUAAUUUUAAAAAAAAUUUGUUUUCUUUCUUGUAGGUUACAAUGAUAAAAUGACUCGUGAAUGACAACAGAUGCAUUUUCAAAGAUUUUUAUUUCUUUUUAAUAAAUUUUUCAGUAACUAACUUUAAUUGUUUCGCUGUGAAAAAUCUAUUUUUUUGUUAAAUGUACUUGAUUUUCAACAUAUUUUGUUAUGAAAAUCCUAACCUCCAAAAAAAAAAAAUUCUCAUAAAAAUCGCACCCCUACUUUUCAAACCUUAUUUUGGCAUUAAAUGUGCGACGAUUAUGCGAUAAAACACGGUACAAAAAAAAGCUUCAGAAUUGAGAGGGUAAUCUUUAAAUUGGACGGCUUUUUAUAUAAAAGGUACCAAGUUACAUUUUUUAAGUUACCUACACCAAGAGCAUAAGAAACCUAUUAAGUUUGUUAAUAUAUAUAUGAAAAAAAAAAAGAUUCUUUAAUCCUGUGCUGCCAUAUGCAAUUUAUGUAACCAAACGUUAGGUACGUGAUAUAGGAAAAAAGAAAAAAAAAAGGAAGAGGAAAAAAAGUUGCUUGGUUUCUUUUAGAUAAACGCCAUCCAAUUUUUUUUUUACUUUUUCUUUGGGUUUGUUUGAAAACUUAAAUUCUGUGAGAGUAUGAAUAGAUUUCAAAUGAGCUGAUUGCAAAGUUACAUUGUUUAAGAGACAUAUUUUCUUGUAAUGAACACCCAUCGCACCUUGGGUGAACAUAAUUGUGUGGAUUGGGAAACAAAAAAAGUUACCAGAGCAAUUGAGAAGAAAGUGCAAAAAAAUAUACUGUAGCUUUCAGUUGUGCUCGUGAACUGCAAUGUCCAUUUCCAUUAGGUUAAUAGCCACUUAAAACUCGGCAAUACAGGAAAGACCAAGCAUAAACCCAAAUCGAGAUAAGGGUACACUCGCAGAAAGUCUGUGCAGAUGGUAGAGGCACGUAUAAUCUGUCAUGUUAUUUAUUUAAUCUCUCACAGUCUGGUAGUGAUUUAAGUUUUUUUUUUUUUAAUGUGGUUUAAUAUGAAAAUGUUUUAGAUUUAUUACUUUCUGGUUAGUAUUUCGGGUUACUGCAGUUCAGAUACCUGUAUAUUUUUCAUCUGCAUUCCUCCCGACAGUGUUCACAGUACUGGUUUGGCGAGUUUGUCCUCUUGCAAAAUUCUCGUUGGCUGAAUACUGUACGUAAUUAAAACCAGGUGUGGAAACGAAGGAAGUGUGUUGAGCUUCAGCCAAGCGCGGCUCCAGAA